AAAACACUCGUGCGCUCAAAGAUGGCGGAUGGGUCGCCCGAGGAUCGCGCCGGCCCGAAACAAAUGCAUGAAUUAACUUUUUCCGCGCCUGACCCAUCCUGUGGUGACAUAAAAAAGUGCAAUGGAUUGACUCUAGACCGCGACAAAGUGAAGUUAUCGUUCUUUACUGAACUUGAUAAAAGUGAAUCGUGUGAAAAAAGUGAGACGCUCGGCGUGGCCGCCAAUCAUACCGCGGCGGUCGCCGCACCGAAUUCCCAAAAAACUGCAGGGUCCAAUGUCGAGGAAGGUGACGAUAGGAAGAAAAGAUGUUUCGACCGAUACGACAGCUCCGAGUCUUCUGACAGUGGCGUGGCGGUGCUGAGCCCGACGGAGAGCAGCGGUUGCAGCGGUAGCGAUAUCACCGAGCCACGUUCGCCGCGUAGCCCCGAAUCGGGUUGCAGCACCAGCGAGGAGAGCGCGGGCGUGCGUAUGCCGCCCUGGGCGAGCGACCCGGCGCCGCCGGCUCCGCGACGCCUCGCGGCCCAGCCCGCGCCGGUCCGCCGGCCGAACCCACCCGUUCAUCGCCGCAUCACAGAGUACUUCAACCAUAAAAUGAAACCCCAGAACAGCCUCAAGCGAGACUCCAACUCUGUCAACAACGAUGACACCAAAAAGAAGUGCCUCCCCAAAAAUGGUGUAACGCAAGAUCUCGAAAAAUACAUCUCCUAUCUAUCGCAAACGCUAAGUCCCAAAGUCUUGAUCGAUGUAGGAAAACAAGCACAGGCUAUGCAUAAACCGUUGUCGCAAAUGACCAGCAUAGAUCCUAAACCUACAGAUCUCAGUAAACCACCUUCAAAUGCCAACGCCGAUAGCGUUUUCGAGUACUGUAGGCCUAAAGAAAGCAAGGAGGUGCACACGAUGAACGGCUUCGUAGAAGUACGACAAGUAACUGAAAAGAUCAACAAAGAUAAGCUGUCGUGUGGGAUUCUAAAUGGAUUAGUUGAAAAUAAGAAAAUAGAGCGUGAAAAGAGAUUAGCAUUUGACCCAUCCGCCAAAAUAAAACCUAACCUUAAUAAACAGAACAUCAAUAAUUCCCAAAACAACAAAGUGCCAAUACCGGGAUCACACGAAAUGUUUGGGGUGAGAAUUGCACCUGCCACUUCCAUGAAUCAAAAUAGAAAUAAAGUUUCAACCUUGAAGACCGAAGCAAAAAUUAAUGGAACAGUUAGCUAUACAACAAAAUUAGACAGUAGAAUGAAUGGUGUAACACGUGGCUCUAAUAACUUAAAUUUGGUAAACAAACCCAUUGCCGCUAAAAAGGAAACAGUCAAAAAAGCUAACUUGGCACCAAAAAGAACCAACAGGAAGUCCUCAGCGUGUAUCGCAAAUAGUAAAAACCUCACUUGGUCAAAGGCAAACAACCUCAAACAAGUCCAGUUGCAAAAACAAAAUUGUGUGAAUUCCGUUUCUAGUACAACGUUACGAAAUAUGCCGGGCGAGGCGAAUACAGCACCAAAGAUGAAUAUUCCAAACGGUGUUAGACAAAUGUCGAUGACAGUUAAUGGCAAUUUAAAUAGCCUGAAUGUACCUGUAAACAAUUUACAAAAUGGUCAUCAAAUCAAUGUUCAACAGCCGUGCAACGGAACGGUCACAUCAACGAACUUAUCAACGUUUAUGGCUGUUCCGCAAAAUGUCAUGCUUACUACAUUAAGGAUACCGCAAAAUGGGUUGACUGCGCAAACGUUGAAUCAGCAGGGUAGUAUCGCUACUUUGAACCAACAAGGUAGUAUAGGCACCCUUAACCAACAAGGCAACAUCACAUUCAAUAGGCCUAAUGUCAAUGUGACAAGCCCGACAAAAAUAAAUGGACAGUUUGUGUUUCCACUCGUACAAAAUAUUAACGGGACUGUAGUUCAAAUACCUAACCUUAUGGCGAAGGUACCAAACUUUGUCCUUCCACAAACACAGCCUUUAACCGCACAGCGGCAGAAUCAUAUGCAAAAUCAGCAGACGCAAAUACUUAUCAACGGUACGUUGCUGAAAUUAUCAAAUGCAAUACCAUCUUCGUUUCCGCCUGGCAACAAGACGAAUCCUGUCUCAAGUCAACCGAUUUCUGUUCUCAACAAAGGCUUUCCUGCAAUACAAACUGCAAUGACACCGCAGAAAUCUAAUCAUUUUAAUGUCAAUCUAAACCAUCCGAUGUUGGUUCCGCAACCAGGUUUUAUAGUUACUUCAGUGCCAAACGUCAAGGAAACUUGGAGUUAUUCUACAGUAAAUACCGCCUGCUUAUCGCAUUCUACAUAUACAAACCCGAUUGUUCAGCACCCACCGCCCAUAGUACCCACAUUUAAUACGCAGACUUUGCAUACAAGUAGUAUACCGAUAGCGCCUGUUAAACCUCCUGACAACCCAAUUCAAGGCACAGAGCCACCUAGCAGUACAGUUAAGGAGACAGACCUAAUUGAAUUAAAAAAUCAAAAGUGUGAUAUUCCAUGGCUGUCUAAAAAUGUUAAUAAUAACAUAGUUCCAUUAGAUUCUAAAAAAUUCACAUCGAGGCCUUUUGCUGAAGUAAGUUCGGGUAAGCUUGAUGAUUUGAUGUCGGAUAAAGUGACGGAUAGUGAAGCAAUAGCGGCGUCAACGAAUAAGUCGUCGAGAAAAGAGAAUGUGCCUGAAGAGAUUAAAAUGGAAGAGGUAUCGAGAAGCGAAGAAACUGUGUUCACUCAAAUAACUGUGUUAAAAGACGUAUCAUCGAAUGUCGAAAGCACUGUGAUAGAAGCUAAUUUUAAUAGCGCAACAACGGAAUCCUCCGAGUCAGGGAUCGGUACGGAUAAGUCGAUAGAUUCGCCGAGUGACUCACAGGGUAGCAAGGAAUGCGACGAGGAUUCCUCGUUGUUGUCGCUGAGUGUGAGUGUGAGUUCGAUGGACGCGACGAGUCAGUCGGAGUCGCAAAAGAGUCCUAUACUUAAGCAACCUAAAACGUUAAGGUUUCCGCCUAAAAAUCUUACGAAAUCUGACAGUGAUAGAAGGACGUCUAGUUCAGACACUACGACUACCGUUAGUGUGUGCCAAUGGGAGAAUUGCAAGCUGGAAUUUGAUAGUGAUUCGAGUUUAUUGGAACACUUGCAGUCCGUCCACGUUGAAACGCAAGUUGGGAAACAGAACUACGUAUGUCUCUGGCAGCAGUGCAAGGUCCGCGGGAAGCCCUCCUGCUCGCGCCUGUGGCUGGAGCGGCACACGCUCUCGCACGGCGGCAACAAGCCCUUCAAGUGCAUCGUCGACGGCUGCGACAGAAGAUUCUCCACUCAGACCUUGUUGGAGCGACACGUGAACAACCACUUCAACGAGUCGUCGCAGUCGAGCGGCACCGGGCGGAAGUCUAGCGAUAGCUCGUCGAAACUCAUACGCAGGAAUGGCAAGAAGCUGCGGUAUAGGAGACAGCCUUGGUCGGCGCGCAUGUUCGACUUCUUCGACUCGGGCAUGAUGGAGGGUCUCGCGUGGCGGCUGUCCCGCUGCACGCGCUGGCGGCUCGGCGGCGCCUGCCCGCUGCGCGAGCCGCCCGGCCGACACACGCUCACACUGCACGCGGCGCUCACUGCUACCAGAGCUGCGCCGGGCGGCAGGAGAGAGGCCUUGAUGACGUACUAUCCGCCUAAUGUGAUCGAAGACGAGUGGGUGCCCGAGGAGGAAGUGAAGCAGAUCAAGCGAGUGGAGAUAUCGCAGCUGCCGGUCCACACGAAGGUGGUGCUGUACGAGCAGUUCUGCAGCUCGUACAAGAAGACGCCAUCCCCGCCGCCCGUGAGGAAGACCCCCGCGAUACAAGCCCAGCCGUCCAGAUUGCUCCCACUGCGGCAAUGCACUUCGUCGAGACUGCUCAAUAACCUGCUAGCGAAACAGAAGUCGCUGGAAGUGAAGAACGACUGCAACGCGACCAACCUGCCGAUGGUGUACAGAGAAGAGGACAGGAGCGACAGGAGCGAAGUGAGCGGCGCCAAGAAGAGGAAGCUGGGCCGCAGGCACGGGGGGAACGCCUUCUGGCCCAGCGGCCGGUAGACUAUCGCACUGGAUUGGGACUUGGACAGACUGAAUGUUUAUGUGAAGCAAUCAUUUUACAAUACGACAGAUUUGAUUAUCCAAAGAAGUAAAUUAAGUAAGAAAAUUUAAAGUGUUUAGAUCCAAGUCCCAAUCGCUAGAUAGUAGGGUGACAGAUGUUGAUUGUCGGUGUCUCCACUCUCGCCCGAACGGAAUAAUUCACAAGACUGAUACAUACUUUUAUAUAAGACGGCUCGGUUUAGAGCGACGCGACGGUAGCGAACAAAUUGUAAAUAGUUAGGAAAUGUAUAUUGUAGGGCGUUGCGAAGUGUACAUUAGUCGGAGUUAGGUUAGCGGCUAAGUUAGUGACGACCAGCGAUACGAAUCACUGCCAAUAUUGUAUAUAAUAGUAGUAUAUUAGUGACGGACCGAUCCCGUACGGUCCUAUCGACGCGAUGGGCGUCUCGACCGCUUUCGCUUUACGGUGCCAAUUAUUUUAUCGAUAUCGAUGUCGAUGCGUGACCGUUGUUUUCGUCACCAAGUGCCUCAAUUAGCACGGUUCUACCAUAGCAGUGUUCACAUAGAUGUAACCGCGUAGUCAUAUCGAUUCGGUGUUAGGUUUAAUCGAUUUUUUAUAUCGAUUCUCGUAUCGAUCGAUUCAAUCGACGCUCGGAAUCAACAGCUGUCUCAUAACGUCACUGCCACGUUGCGUUUAUCUACAAUUUAUCAUUGCGGUGUUGAAGGAGCGAUUUAUAAUCGACACACUAACUUAAUACAAAAUCUAUUAUCAACAAUAAAAACCAUAGAUAAAAUAGACUUUGCUCAAAUGGUUUUGUUCCUUUUUCUUUUGUAUUGUAAAUCGCUUCUUGAACACCGCGAAUUGUGCAUUAAAGAUAUUAAUAGCAAUAAAAAUGUGUGAUAAGAAUUUAGACGACUUAUAUUGACGCACAAGGUUUUUAGCAGUUUUGAGCCAACAUACAGUAAUCUCUGGAUACUCAUGUUAUAUCGUGUAAUUGGUAACUUUUUUAUUUUUGUAUCAGGAACCGUUUGUAUGCUGUUGUAUGGUUGAUUUUUGUACUUUUGUACUCGGUGUGUUAUGGAGUGCAGCGCUUUGUCUUUGGUGAUGGUGAUAAAUAGGUUAUUAAAGAUAAUAUGGAAGAAAAAGCAAUAUUGAUACAGUUCAAAUGUGAAUUUUAACAGUAAUAAUUAUAGAAGUUGCCUUUCAUAGAGCUAAGUUUCGAGUUAAGAUAAUUUACAAAUAAAGAUUUCUUCGAAAUCCAUCGAAGCUUUAAGACACACUAUCAACAAAGACAGAGCGUAAAACAAACCAGCCAUUUGCGAAGUUUCUGUACGGUCGGAUUGCCUUUUUAGCAAUAAGAUAGUUUACAUUGAAAUGUAAUGUUGUGUUCCGUGCUCACGCGAUCUCCGUAGUAUUUUUAGUUAGUGACUGUAGUUAAGUUAGGAAAUGUGUGUGUGGACGACAACCGAUUGCAAGGAGGGGGGCUCCGACGCAAAUCAAAUUUGAAUUCAAAUUCAAACUCGAUUCGCGACGAGCCUAGCUAAUGAUCGCCCGCGACAAGACGGAAUCGGCCUAUAUAAGUAUAACGAGUUAACGAGGGUAGUUUUAGAUAAAUGUAUAUAAAUUAUAAUUUCGAUUCCGUCUCCACAACGCGGGUCGGACGAGUCAGCGGUCGCUGAUGAUUUAAGUCAAUAUAGGAAAUGUUAGUUCGGCGUGUUCGCUUUGAGUCUCAUCAAAACGGACACAUCGAAUAGGGACGGACCCAAAGACGCGUUAGGAAAAUUUCUUAGUCAAGUUGGUGCCUGUUUGCUGAGGACGAUCGUGAAAUAACUAUGGAAGCCUUCCAAUGUACUGAUUUUUAGUUUUUCGUAUUAAAAUUGUAGAAUAAUUUCCAGCACUGAUACGAGUGCCAUAUUGUAUCGGCUCGACUUUUUAUAUUAAUUUGAUAAUUGAUAGUCAAUUGCGACACCAAAAUCAGAAAGACAUGUUAGUGUAUUUCUCCGUGGACUUAAUUUGAUCUCAGACCAAUCGGCAACGGAAUUUUUAAUGUUAAAAACGGCAUCGGAUUUGAUCGUUUGCUUAGAUAUUCAAUAUUCAUGUGAUUCGAUGAUUCUUUCAUCUAGAAAUGUUUCCUUUGGUGAGGUUUAAAUUAUAUUGUAAGUAAAUUGUGUUUGUUAAUUCUAUUGAUAUGUCAGACCAAAUUUGAUGACGUUUUUGAAUAAUAUGUAAUCGCUCAAUAUAUAAAAAUUGUUAAUUUGGGCUCAGAACAUAAGUGGCCUAGAAGAACGCUUGAGUACAAAUUUUAUUUGCAAUAAUAUUUAGGAUCGAUUGUAUUUGGAGGUAUUUUCGGUAAUAUAAGCCCCUUAGUAGUAGCCAUUCGAGUCGUUAGGCAGAGAGAAAUAUUUUGUGAUCGAAUACUUGUUAGCGGGGUACUAAAUUAAAAUACAUAUUGGACGCGAGCGAGCGUCGAGAUGAUAUAUUUUUAUCACUGCCACAAUAGUCAUAGGGGAGGGAAGGGUGCCUUCGUAGUUGCUCAUCUCUUUGGUUCAUUUCGUUCAGUUUCGGCGAACAAUAUUCGGGGAACAAAACCGCGGGCAAUUCCUAUAAUAUAGUAACCUGCUUUGUGUUGGAGAGGAGGGGGGUGGCGUGAAGCACAUUACCACUGCGGCUGAGCCCUGACCGGUACGAUUGAGAUAGUUAGUAGCCACGGUAGAUACUUUGGUCACCAGUGUAAAUAAUUGUGUAUAAAGUAACGCAGGAGUAAUUUGGUUCGCGCCUGAGCGAGGGGUGGGGGGGGGGGGGGUAGGCUAGCUGGUAGUACGUUGUCUUUCAACAUGUUUCCUAUAUUAUCCGUUUAUUAUAUGAAUGUUCUCCUUUAUUGUAAAUGUUUGACCCAUAAAUGCUAUAUGCGGACGCGAGUCCCGGAUAGUGUGCACUACUUUAUUCGAUUUGUAGAUAUUUAAUUAUAUUAUAUAGUAUAAUGUUUAAUGCGUUUCAUUUGCUUGGAGCCGACGGUGAGAUCCGAAAUUUUAUUAUAAUUUGUCCCGCGAUGGGCUAUCUACCUCAAUAAUUAUUUAUCACACAUUUGGGCAUAAUAAUAGUGAAUUACGUUACUCGAAAUGAAAUGAAAUUUGUUCAUUGUAGUGAUUGUAAGUUUUUUAAUGGUUUGUCCACGUCACAAGUACUGUAUCUUAUAUUAAAUACAUAUUGUAUGAUUGACUA